AUGUGGCAAUGGCGACAAUCUCAUCAACAACCAUGGCAAACUUAUUCUGACAUUGAAAGUUCGAUGAUUGAAGAUGUUUACAAUCAUGGUGGACAACGUGUCGAACUAGAAAAUAAUGUAUUAGUUGACGUUAAAAAAGGCUUGCAUAUCGUUGCCGAUUCUAAGAAAAAUGACAAACCAGCAGAAAUCAGACGAUUAUCAUUGGAUUGUGAAGAUGCCAAAGCUUACAGAAAUCGAGCAGAAAGAAAUGAUCGUUUCACCUUACCACCACAAAUUAUGGACAAUACGAAUGACAGUUCAUCAUUGGGUGCUGGAAACUGGAAUGGAUCCCGUCUUGUAUUUGAAUGGCAAAUGAGAUGUUCAAAUCUCGAAUCACUUCCAAAUGGUGAUAUUAUGCGUCAAGCACUUGACGGGAUUCAAAUCGAAGGUAAAGCAAUAGGUCAAGCUAAACAAGCUCAAUGGAUUGCAGAUCAUUGGAUACCAGUGACCAAAGAAUCUUUUGAAAAUAUUUGUCGAGCAUGUAUACAUUUGUAUACCAUGGAAAGUUUUCUCUAUCGUCUGGUCAAUGCAACGUUGCGUAAUAAUGAUUUCUCGAAAAUUGACACUCUUGGACCUUUUUGUUAUUUACUCUUUCAGUUUAAUUUUGCGCCCGAAUAUCAGAAUCUUCGAUUUUCAGGUCGCGUAUAUCGUAGUGCUGAAUUGACGCCUGCAAUGGUGAAUGAGUAUAAGCAAGCUGUGGGAAAAGUUCGUUCAUGGCUUGGUUUAACAUCGACAAGUCGACAACGAACAAUAGCUGAAUCUUUCUGUGCAGCAACAGUGUUGUUUAUUAUUGAUAUUCAAGAAACGGCCACUGAUGCAGCACGAUUAAUUGCUAGCCUAUCAGCACAUCCCUAUGAAGAUGAAGUAUUAAUUCGAGCUGGACGACAUUUUACAAUUGAUAGAGUUGAACCAAAUAAGUCAUCAAAUAAUAACAUAAACACAUUAAUCUAUUUGACUAUUGAAUAA